GUUUUAGAAUCCAGAAGUAUGGAUCUUUGGCUGUGGCUGUUUACUUUGGCAUUGGUGUCUGCAAACAAAUCUCUUUCCACAAGUGUGGAAAGACCACAUAUCGUUAAGUGCAGAUCACCUGAAAUGGAAACAUUUUCUUGUUAUUGGAACAAUGGUGGUUUUCACAAUUUGACUGCCCCAGAAAACAUUCAACUGAUGUAUAUAAAAAGGGAGAGUGAAUGGAAGGAAUGUCCUGAUUACGUAACCGCAGGUGAAAACAGCUGUUUCUUCAACACUACAUACACCUCUGUCUGGGUUCCUUAUUGUAUCAAGCUAAUAGGUGGAAAUCAAACGUACGACGAAAAAUGUAUACUCGUUGAUGAAAUAGUAAUCCCUGACCCUCCCGUUGGACUCAACUGGAGUGUACUAAACAAAAGCCCAAUAGGCAUCUACACAGACAUUGAAGUCGUUUGGAAGCCUCCACCUUCUGCAGAUGUUCAAAAAGGAUGGAUCACUCUGAAAUAUCAGCUACAGUACAAAGAAGUCAAUGGGACAAAAUGGAAUGAGCUGGAGACAGUGGUCUCAACCACAAAACUUCCUGUGUAUGCCUUGAAGACUUGCCGUGAUUAUGAGAUACGAAUCCGAGCAAAAGGAUCGUCUGAAAUCUAUGGAGAGUUCAGUGAAAUACUUUAUGUAUCUUUUGGUGCAAUAAGCCUGACGCCAUGCGAAGAAGAAUUUCGAGUCCCUUGGUCUUUGGUGAUAGCCUUUGGAACCAUUGGCAUGAUGGUGAUGCUGUCAGUUAUCCUCGUUUCUAAACAGCAGAAGUUAAAGAUACUGAUUCUUCCUCCUGUCCCUGUUCCGAAAAUAAAAGGGAUUGAUCCAGACUUCUUAAAGAAAGGAAAACUUGAUGAAGUCAAUUCCAUCCUCGCCUGCCAUGGUAGUUACAUACCACCGCUCUACGGAGAUGACUCUUGGGUUGAAUUUAUUGAGCUGGAUAUAGAUGAUGCUGAAGAGAGAAUGGGAGGGUCAGAUACCGACAGGCUUCUUGGCGACGACCACCUGAAGUCUCACAGCUGCCUUGGAGUGAGGGACGAUGAUUCUGGGCGGGCCAGCUGCUGCGAGCCAGAUAUCCCAGAGACCGAUUUCAGCGCGAGUGAUACAUGUGAUGGUACCUCAGACAUUGGUCAGUCCAAAAAGGCAAACAAAAAAGAAGAGGAUCUCUUGUGCCUUGAUCAAAAAGAACACCAGAAGCCACCGUCAGAUGCAGACAACUCAAACAUCCAGCAGCCAUCUGAUAAUCCACCAGAACACCAGCAACCAAAACCUCAGGUUUCUAACAGUGCUGAGGCAACCAGCCCUCCUGUCCAAACCCAGCUAAGCAACCAGAGUUCAGUGGCAAACAUUGACUUUUACACGCAGGUCAGUGACAUUACGCCAGGAGGAAGCGUCGUACUUUCUCCGGGGCAAAAAAUUAAGAUGGGAAAACCCCUGAGCAAGGUUCAGAAAGAACCCACUGUGCAGUGCCAACCAAACUUUGCUAUGGACAGUGCCUAUUUCUGUGAGUUGGAUGUGAAAAAAUGUGUCACUGUGACGCCUCAAGAAGAGGCUGAGCCAGAAGCUCCAGAGCAGAGCUUUCCCGAGGGUGCUUACUUCACCACAGAGAGCCUUACCACUAAUGCUAUGAACACCACCCCAGCAGCAGCAGCAGCAGAAGCCGAAAGCUCCGACAUGCCUGUGGCGGACUAUACCUCCAUUCAUGUGGUACAAUCCCCGCAAGGCCUUGUGCUUAAUGCCACCGCUCUCCCUGUGCCAGACAAAGAAUUCAUGUUAUCCUGCGGGUAUGUGAGCGCAGACCAACUGAACAAAAUCCUGCCGUAG